AAAGAAAUGAAAAGGAAAGAAAAGAAGAAAAGAAAUUUGAUGGAGAGAGGGCCAGAGAGAAUUAAGAACGCGUGUGCACGCUAAUGGAGGGGCUGCGCGAGCCACUGCGGGUGGACACGCGGCUGGCUGUGCGUGGGCAAAUGCGCAGCGUAGGGGUGCGUACACUUAACGGAAAGCGUGUCCUCUGCGGUGGGCAGGCCUGUGCGUUGGUGCGAGGGUUGGGGCGCCCGAGCUGUGCGAGGGGUGUUGGAUGCCCAGAUGUACCGGAGGCGGCCGGGGAGCUGGGCGGAGACGCAGCACGGAGAAGGGGACUCUCUCCUCUCCGGCGAGCGCCACUCGGCCUGGGAAGGCGGCGACCGCGGGGCACGCUACGCCUGCGAGCCCCCAGCUCCUCGCACGGAGGUGCCAGGCGCCCCGAAGGCGACGAGGAGGCGUCUACGGCCGAGGCUGAAGGCUUCUGAGCGGGGGGGGGACAGCGGGGGACAAGGAAGCCAGAGGAACCCGAGAGGACGGUGGGCUUUGAAAAGCGCCGCGGGGCGGGCGCACUCCGAGCCCGGCAUCUGUCUUUGGCCCCAGCUCCCGCCGAGGCGAGGCAUCCAGGCUCCUGGCAACGACCCGCGAAAAAACACCCCUCACCUCCCUCCUCUCGGCCCAGGGCCCCGGCUGGAGAGGCUGGGCUCGGCGCCCCGCAGUCAGCGCGCGAACAGCACUCACCUGGGUCCUCGCUUGCGUGUGCUGCGCCCAGCUCCUGCGCGGUCCCAGGCUCGGCGCCACUGUUCCCCACCCCCCCUUCCGCCCCCGGCCGCCCCCACCAGCCCCAGCCCCCACCCCGGGACUGCGAGGGACGGCGUGCGUGCGAGCCCCGUGCGGCGGACAGCCUGGCGCGAGAGGGCCGCCAGGGCCUGUGCUCCCCGCCCGCGCGCAGGCUGCCUUCCGGAACCUGGCCUGGCGCGCAGUGUCAGAGGCCCCGUGGCGGCGGCAGGCCGACCCACAGGGGCAUUAGGCCAACUCCCCCCCGCGCACGCGGAAUUCUCUAUUAUUAUUAAAGAAUCCCCCAGAACGUGUUUACGUUGAGCCGUAUAAACUUCCUGCCAGGGCCUUUACCAUCGACGAGAAAUAGGAACCUGUUCUUGGAAAGCGGGGAACACCGACGCUGCGGGGCCAACCAGGCGGAUUUUCAGUGUGUGCGUGUGUGGCAGGGGGUCCCCUAGGAAGCGUGUGGGUUCAGACUGGAACUUGGCUAGCGUACGCGUGAGCGAGAGUAGGUGCGAAUUUCAAGCCCCGUGGGCCUGGUGUGUGUGCGCGCGCGAGCGAGCGCGUUACUUGGGCGCGCACAUGCCUGAGCAAGGUGUGCGUGAGUGGGCACUCACGAAUGGGUGUGAGUUUGCACGUCCGGAAUCCUCAUUUCCAGGGUUUGCACGUGCACCAGUGUACGCACGCGUGUGCCUGAGUGCGUGGAUGAGAAAUGAGCGGGGCCGCUUUUUCCGGAAAGCCUGUGCGGUUUUGGUCCCCGCAGGCCCGGCAGCUCUCACUCGCUCCGGCCGGGCCCGCGGCGCCUGAGACAAAGCGGCCGCGACCCGCCCUGCGCUUUCGUUUUCCGCCCGCGCUCGGCUCCCGCGGCUGCCCGCCUGCUCGCGCGCUUCUGGGCGAGUCCAAAAAGUCCCGGGCGCAGCGCAGUCCUUCCCGGGGCGGGGAGAGCGGGUAGGCGGGCCCUCACGGGAACGGACGCCCGCUGGCCGCGGGGACCCGUGGCCGAGCCGGCUGCGCCCGCGGUGGCCACGGCCUGCUGCCCGCUGCCGCCGCCGCAGUCUGCGAUCUGCCGCCGGGCUGUACCCGUCGGGAAAGGCCCUGGGUGCCCGCGCCUCGGGGCCGGGAAGGCGGGG